AUGACCUUAAUCUCUCGUUUCGCUGCUGCCCUCGUUAUUUUCGCUGGUAUUGCUUCUGCUAGUGUUGCUCGCAGCAGUCAAAGUUGCAAAAGUAACGAGUUCUGGUAUGGAGCCAAAACUUGCUGUCUUCCGCACGGUGGUAUCCCGAAACCACCGUCUCCCCCCAAAGGCCAUGAUUGCCCGCCCACAUCACACUACUGGAAUACUGGGCUAGGAUGUUGCACACCAGCUCAUCCCCCUCCUCCCAACCAACCCCCUCCCCAGUGUCGCGAUGGUUGGACUUGGUAUCCAAACUUGUACAUGUGUCUGCCAACUCCUCCUUCGCCACCGUCACCGCCUCCAGCACACCCUUCUGGUGGUGGUAGCCACGGCGGUUAUCGCAAGCGUCACAGUCAGCACAAGCGGUCUUCACCGCUUUGCCCCGCCGGUUUGGACGCCUGCCCCCUUCCCGGUUCAGUCCAGGAUUACGAGUGCAUUGAUACGGAUGCUGAGCUCAAAUCUUGCGCGUUGGUUGCGAACAAGGUCGUUGCGCUGUCUUUUCCUGCACCUUAG